UGCACACCUCCUCCUCUACUGCUCGUGAUAGAACACUGCUCUCUCUCUCUCUCUCAUUCACUUGUUUUCAUCUCUCUCUUUCCCUCUCUUAAUCUCUCUGUAUUCCCCCCCCCCUUCUUCCUUGUCGGUUAGAGUGUUUCAGCUCCUGUUCUCUCAAUCCCGUCUGGGACAGCCAGAGAAGAUCCUGCCACAGGCACAACAAGACAACAAGAAAAAUCCAAGACAACCUAAACAACUUUUCUGAGACGAAACAAGACAGCAACGCCUCGAACAUUAAGACAACUAGACAACGCUUCUGAGACACAACGACACAACAACAGCACCGCCUUUCAGACACAGCAAGACAACAAGGCAGUAACAACAACGCUUCUGAGACAACACGACAACUCCAGCGUCCUGCUGUUACCGUUGGAUACGAACAGAACGAUGAUGUCAGAUUCUGCGUGAGGAGAAAGAGAGAGAGAGAGAAAGAGAGAGAGAAAGAGAGAGAGAGAGAACGAGAGAGAGAACGAGAGAGAUUCUUUCUCUCCUGGAUAACCAUGGUAACUGUGUGUUUGGAGGUCUCUCUCAUGGCUCCUUUUCUCCACGCCGACAGUCUCCACGCCGACAGUCAGUUCCUGGUUAGCGAUGACGAGAGGUCAACGGGGGGUCUCGCACUGAUCCUUCAUCGCCCCUCCCUUGUCUUCCUCCUCCCCCUUCCCACUCCUCCUCGUCUCACCCCUUCUCUCCCUCCUCCCUUCAACUUCUUCUUGUCCCACUCCCCCCUCCUCCGCUCCCUCCUCCACCUCUAUCCCCCCCCCCCUCUUCCUUCCCCUCUCCCCCUCUUCCUCCUCCCCCACCUCCUCUACGUCCUCCUCCUCCAUCACCAUGUGGACUCUAGUGGUGGUGUGUGUGCUGGGUGUGGUGAGGCAGGUGGAGGGAUAUGAAUCCUACCAGGAGGACUACUACACCAAGGACGUCUUCACUGAGGCGCCUGUGAUUGGCGGGAGGCAGAGAAGUUUGGAUUCGGCCUCCAGCGUGGACGAGCUGCUUGAACUACUUUACCCAGAAUACAGUUUGGUACAGCACUGCCUGCGCAGGAAGUCCCAGCGUGAUCACGCCCCCUUGCCUCACGCCGAUGAUGACCCAUGGGGGCUGCCUCGUCAUGCUGCCGUCUACCGCCCUGAUGGCACCUUCGAAAUCAUCCUGGAGGAGAUGCAGAGGACAGCGUGCCGGCCCAGGGAGGUGUGUGUGGAGGUGAAUAAGGAGUACCCUGAGAACACUAGCCACUUCUACCUGCCCCGCUGUGUGGCCCUGCUGAGGUGUGGAGGCUGCUGCAACCAUGAGGCCCUGUACUGCACCAACACCUCACACACACAUGCCAACAAGACGCUGCUGGAGGUGUCUUCCCCCAAGAUGGAGCGCUCUGUGGUCACCCUCUCCUUCAUCAACCACACUUCCUGUGAGUGUCUUCCCAAGAGGCCGCUGCACUCCAUCAUCAGGAGGGCCGCAGCAGAACACCUCGCCCUGUGCUCUCCUCCAGAUGUGCCCUGUGCUCCAGGUCUGCUAUGGGACCCAGCCAGCUGUAUGUGUGUGUCCUCCGACACCAGUCCCUUCUCCCCCCAGGAACUGGACUCCCUGGACUCUGCCCUCCUGGUUCUCUGCGGCCCCAACAAGGUCCUGGACGAGGGCAGCUGUGAAUGCAUGUGCCGUAACGGGCUGACGGAGGCCAGCUGUGUGUCCGGCUGGAGGCUUGACCAGGACAGCUGCGAGUGCCAGUGCGAAGGCCAGCCAGCCCAGGGCACCUGCCCCCCAAACCAGCGCUGGGACCCCCAGCUGUGUGGGUGCGUGUGCAGGGCAGCAUGCCCUCCUCGCCAGCCCCUCAACCCGGAGACGUGCCUGUGCCAGUGCAGGGAGAACCCCCAGACCUGCCUACUGCAGGGCAAGAAGUUCAACCCCAACUCCUGCAGCUGUUACAGACUGCCAUGCAGGAAGCCCCAUCGCUCCUGCCAGUCUGGUUUCUACUACAGCCAGUAUGUCUGCCAGUGCAUUCCCAGCUACAUGAGGGAACACCAGUGGAAUUGACCUCUGCCCUCUGAGCUGACCUCUUCUAGACCAGCUGAUCCAUUACUGGACCAGUACCAUCAGAACUAUACUGGACCAGUACCAUCAAGACUAUUCUGAACCAGCUCAACUAUACUGAACCAAUAGAACUAUACUGAACCAGUAGAACUAUACUGGACCAGUACCAUCAAGACUAUUCUGAACCAGCUCAACUAUACUGAACCAAUAGAACUAUACUGAACCAGUAGAACUAUACUGGACCAGUACCAUCAAGACUAUUCUAAACCAGCUCAACUAUACUGAACCAAUAGAACUAUACUGAACCAGUAGAAUUAUACUGGACCAGUACCAUCAAGACUAUUCUGAACCAGCUCAACUAUACUGAACCAAUAGAACUAUACUGAACCAGUAGAACUAUACUGGACCAGUACCAUCAAGACUAUUCUGAACCAGCUCAACUAUAAUGAACCAAUAGAACUAUACUGAACCAGUAGAACUAUACUGGACCAGUACCAUCAGAACUAGACUCAACCAGCUCAACUAUACUGGACCAGUACCAUCAGAACUAUACUGGACUAUCUCAACUAUACUGGACCAGUACCAUCAGGACUAUACUGGACCAGCUCAACUAUUCUGAACCAGUAGAACUAUACUGGACCAGUACCAUCAGGACUAUACUGAACCAGCUCAACUAUACUGGACCAGUACCAUCAGGACUACACUGGACCAGCUGAACUAUACUGGACCGGUACCAUUAGAGCUAUACUGAACCAGUAGAACCAUUCUGGACCAGUCCCAGUACCAGCUGAACUAUUCUGCACCAGUACCAGUAGAACAAUACUGGACCAUCAAAACUAUACUAGCUCAACUAACGGGACCAGUAGAACUAUAAUAGACCAGUAGAACUAUAUUGGACCAGCAUCCGCUAUGUAAGGUUAGAAACCAGCAGACAGUGAUGUGGACUAACCGGGACCAGACCCAGGCUGGACGUGUGUGGAGGGACUGGUUUAUAUACUGGAAGAACAGGGGAGAUUGUCACCUCCCCAAACUGAAUGGUGUUCCAGGUGGUAUUCUGAUCCCAGAGGGUGACAUGGAUAAUCUGCUAAAGACUUCCCUUAGUCAUGGACCUUGUGUGUUUUUGGCAGUAAGAAAAUAUAGACUGUUCAAACACACUAUAGCUAUGUUCUAUUACGAAAUAAGUUAAAUGAGCACGUGUUGUCUCCUUCAGGAAAUACAUUAAUUCAUGCAAUCAUUCAGACAUUGUCAUUAAUUCAGUCAUACAUUCUCUCAGUAUGAAGAAUGAAACCAGUUUAAAGAGCUGAUGUCAUUGAAGAUUCAUAUUUAUUACAUCUGAUGAGGUAAUGGAGAGAAAAAUCUCAGAGAGCAGAGGAGACGAGAGAAAAGAGAGGGGAGGAGGAAGGGAGAGAAUGAAAGUGAUAGAAAUUCUACAACCAGUGACCUGACUAUGUAUAAAUGUCUGCCUUGUCUGUCCAACAGAUAGCUGUAGAUAGAGUUUGUUUAUAUGGGUUUAAAUCUUAUAUUCUUAUAAUAAUAUUGGUCAUUGUAUUUAAAAUAAGUAUUGACACAAACAAACAGAUGACUGGCUUUUAUUUGCUUCAUUUGUAAAUUAGUUGAUGAAUGUUUUCUUGUAGAGUGUGAGAAACAGACACACACUCUUGCUCAAAGGAGAUGUGUGUGAGGGUAAGACAUUCACAAAAGAGAGCCAUUUGGAAACA